AUGUUGCGUCAAGCCACCCGUCAGAACGUGGAAUCGUAUCGACAGAGACGAAAGCAGCAAACUCGCCUUUUCCGGGACAAAAAGCGCCGCCUGGAAGAGUCGGAGAGAGAGGAGAUGGAGAUGCUGUAUCGUUCUCAGGAUACACGGGCGUUCUACAGGAAGCUGAAUGACUCUCGCAACGGCUUCAUGCCGCGAGCCGAGAUGUGUAGAGACAAGGAAGGUGGCAUCCUGACGGACGAACCCGAUAUUGGAGAUUUUUUCAAUAACUUGAUCAGUGCAUUCAAACCUGAAACAGCGCAAACUAACGGAGUGUCGUCGAAUGGAACCAUUCAACAGAAUUCCACGAAGCAUGCAUCAGUUCGGGAUUCAAAUCAGACGGAAGUAUCCAGCACUCCGAGUACGAUUCCAGUUACUGCGCAGAAGAAUAUUCAAUUCGUAAAUCUCACUGAGACUGGUACUACUAAAUCGGAGAUCAUUUCCACCACAACCGAACCGUGGUCGGAAGUCACAUCCGAAACCGAAGAAACAGCAACGGAACUGACAACAACCGAAGAAGUGACGACAAACGCCGAUACUACUAUCGAGAGUGGAUCGUCGAGUACCACGACGACGGCAACGACAACCACCGUCGGGAUAAACACAACGACGGUAGUCUAUAGACUGUUCCAUCCGAACACGACGACUACCACGCAGUCAACCACGGCCACGACAGUUGAAGUGACCAACUCGACCGAGAAUACCAACCAUACGGAUGUUACAAUCUCCGUAACCGAACCAAUCGAUGUCACUAGCAAUGCGUCAGGAAUUAUUCAAUCUUCCGCAACGAAAAGGGAUGCAUCCUUGACGCUCGGAGACAAUUCAUCUUCGGUGACACAGCCUGCUGUUACAUAUCAGUUAGCAAAUGGGGUGUCCUGCAGUGUAAGUGUUCCGGCCGGAACCAUUAAGCUGAUCAUUUCAUGCAGUCAAAGUGCAUCCAAUGACAGCACUCCACUAGUGGCCAACACCACGGAACCGACAACGCUUAGCUCUUCCGUCGUACACAAGGACUUCAAGCGGUCUGCGUCGAUUGAGAAAUCUGUGGGUAGUAACGAAAUAAGUGCCGAAUUUGAUAACGGAUCGGUUUUCUUGGAUAGCAGUGAGAGCAUCGCUGUGGACGAUGGUGUUCCGGUGUUCUGGUCUAGUGUGGAGACUUUCGAGAGUAGUUCCUUCGAAAAUAGCGAUAGCGAGCCUGUCGCGGUAUCAAUUAAGGCACCCACGACCAGUAACGAGGGAAUAAUUGCAAAUGGAGCUAAACGUUCUCCGGGAAUCGUCCCAUCGUCUGACAUCGGUGCAGUUCAGCAUCCCAGCCUGAUUGGAGCGCCACGGUCUUUGGCGGAUGCAGAAUCCACUGCCAGCAGCACGUUGCAGCCUAAUGAAGUUGUGCCUCGCGCCAGAAGACAGAUUGUGUACGAGCAAUAUUACACCACCGAGGACAGUGAUUUAGUAGGAAAAGAUCGUCUUCAGGUUGCAACCAGUUAA